UGUCAUCAACCGCCGUGCCUUUCUCCUCCUCCGCUUGUUUUCCGUCUCAGAGUUGAAGUAUUUAUCGAGUAAGUGCAUCAGAAGCGUUCCCAUUGGCUUGGAGGGGAAGGAUGGCCAUGAAGAAAGUGGAGAAGAUCCGGCAGGUCGUGCAACUGAAGCAGGUGAUGCGGCGGUGGAGGGCCCUCAGCCUCCGGCGCCGCGGCGAAGAGGACGGCUCGGGGGGGGCGGUGCGGCCGGGGUCCGUGGCGGUGUACGUCGGGCAGGAGCGCCGGCGGUUCGUGAUCCCGACCCGGUUCCUGAACCUGCCGGUGUUCGCCGCCCUGCUGCAGCGGGCGGAGGAGGAGUACGGGUUCCCCCCCGCCGGCGGCCUGGCCCUCCCCUGCGACCCCGCCUUCUUCCGCUACGUCCUCGACGCGCUACACCGGGACGAGCCCCGGUUCGGCGCCCUCGGCCUCGACGCCUUCCUCGCCCUCUUCGCCGACCUCGGCGGCGCCACCUCUCCCUGCCGCGAACCCCUCUCUUACAACGGCUUCUCCCCUCUCCUCCCCAAGACCAAGGCUCGAUGAUCCUCUCUUCUCCUUCUAAAUUGUACAGAUGAAACGGCAGUCGAUCAGAAGAAGGUGGAGUUCUCCAAGAGCUUCAUCCAUGGAUCCUCAGAAGCGAUGUUAGCUUUCUUCUUCCUCAUCUCCUCCUCUCCAAAAGAACCCUGAAUCCAACCAACUCCUUUCCUUUUUAGUCUUGAUCAUGGGGUUGUAAGGUUCUUUUGGAUUCAUAAUCUGGAAUCAAUGGAAGUUGAAGCUGCAUGUUUUCUCUGCAUCUCAAAUCUUGUGUCUCGUUGUGUUCUUUGUGCAUGGCAACUCAGAAAGAGAUAGGAUGCAUGAACAUGACCCCUCCUCCUCUGCAAUGAUGUCAACUUCUUCCUCGUUGCAUGGACCUUUGAAAGUCUGCUACAACUUGCAAGAUGUGGUAGAUGAACAUGAACAUGGUGUGGACUUGCCCGAUCUCAUUUUUUUUGGCUCCCACAAUGAGAAGAAAAGAAGUUGUGAUGUGUACCAAUCAGUACAGGAAUCAUCAGCAUCUUCUUAGGACCUGUGUUACAUGUCAGGGAAAGAGGAUAAGAUCAUCAGCCUGAUCUAUUUGAACUUAGGAUUGAGAAGAAGGCCUGCCAUCUUUUGUUGGCUCUUCAAAGCUUGUGAGGGUGGA